AAUUGAUAAGAUCGCACAGCAUCGACACUUUCUCCUAGUAUCAUCCGAACUAUCUUCAUUCGAUCGUCGAUCAAAAUCGGAGCAUCAUCGCUUACUGUGUUGCGCGCGAGUCGUUUUUGCCAACUGUAUACUAUCGACUACUUUUUUAUUUAUUCGUAAAAACGCUCGGUAUACUCCGAUUGGAAAUCAAUAGAACUUCGAUUGUAAUCAACGCGAGCGCCGGUCCAUUAAUGAAAGAAAUCUUCGAGAGAUGGGAAUCGUCAAGCGCUUCAUCAACGUGACGAAGCAGGCGCUCGGCCUGCACAAUCAGCAUCGUCUGGGCUCGAGCUCGUCGCGGCCCGGUCGCUGGGCCGGGAACUUCGCCACGGACGACGACGACGGGGUGAGCCGAUCAUCCUCGAUGUUCAGUAUACGUUCCAAUAUACUGGGUAGCGGUUACAAUUUUGAGGCCAGCUCGACGCCCAGACUCGACACGGACUUCGUCGUGACGUUCAACUUCAAUUAAAGGUCUCGGUGCCACUCUGUAUCAAUCUGUAUAUCUAACGCUAAUGUAUCAGUACUAGAUUGAGUUUGAUUGGAUACACAACUCAAUUGUUCAGUUGUUUCUUGUUGGCUGUUUCAGUGUAAUCAAAAGUUAAAAUACUUUGUUCUUGGCCAAUAUCGUGAUUGUUUGAAACUACAAGGUUUAUUUUUUAUUGUGAAAGAUGGCCAAAACAAAGACGAUAGCCAAAGGUUGUCCAAAAUGUGAGCAGCAGGUUCCUGUAGCUUGUAAAGCAUGUAGAUGUGGUCACUCUUUUUUUAAUGCUCGUCGUAGCUCUAUUAAAAGUCCUCCAAGUCCAGAACUCGCCAUGAGAACUAGAAGAACAAACAGAGUAAAAAGAGAAAAACCUGUAUACUAUGAUGCACUUGUAAUUGAAAAACAAACACGAAAAUCUACGAAGUUAAAAAAGGGAACAGAAACUGAUGGAGAUGUACCAGAAAUAAGUGCAAAAAAAAAGAAAAAAGGGAAAGGUAAAAAAGGUGGUAGCAGUGGCGGUGAUGACUAUGACGAAACCGAAGGAGUCAGCAGUUUAUCACCUGAAAAACAAUUAACAUGUUCUCUUAUUUUACGAGAACUCAAUAAUAAACUAUUGAGUACUUCUUGGAAACCUCAGUAAAGUAUAACAAAGCUGAUAAGUGUGUGAUAAAUGUUUGGUCUCAUUUGUCAAACUAUAAUUAUUGUACAAAAAGAAAACUCUAUUUCAUGAUGUAUAUCAUUAAAAUGAAAUUAUAUUAAGCUUGUGAUUGUGAGGAAUGUGUGUCAAAUGUAUAUUCUGUAAAAAUAGUUGAUUGAAAGCAACUGGUUGGUUGAAGUACAAUGUUUUCCUAUAAACGAUGAAGUGACAUUGAUUCAAUUAAGUACAAAUGUGUUGAAAAUAUUUUAAGAAAAUAUUGUUCACGAACUUAUGAAUGCUUAUUGAUUUUGUCAAGCAUCAAAAUUUCAGAAAUCUAGGUACUCAGCAUUAAUUUUACUUAAAUUAUCAUAGAUUAAGAAAUGACUAUUAAAAGAUUAAGAAUAUGUUAAUUUAUGAAUUAAAAUCAUGUUACAUGAUUCAAAGUUGCCAUUUACACUAAAUGUAGAUGAAUAAAAAACUAAAGAAUAAAAUAUCAAGGAUGUAUUUUAAAAUA